CGUUUCUUGGUUGGUUUGUGUUUGUGUUUCACCUUCCUCGACUAUGCCAUGUGAUCUUUCGUAGCUCUCUUGAUUGAUUCCGACGAAAGCUACAGGUACAAAUUCAUCAAUCCACACGUCAAACCGCAGGAAUUUGACGUCAAUUCGCCGGAGAGUUUGAUAUUCCUUUUUACUGGUGUGGAAAAGGAAUAACCAUGAGUAAUGUUCAUAAUAGCGUGGAGACUGUAAAUGCUGCGGCAACUGCCAUAAUUACUGCUGAAUCCAGAGUUCAACCAUCUACACGACAGAAGAGACGAUGGGGAAGCUGCUGGAGUCUGUAUUGGUGUUUUGGUGUACACAAACCCAAGAAACGAAUUGGACAUGCUGUUCUUGUUCCUGACCCAACUCCACCAGGGGUUGAAGCUCCUCUUACUGAAAAUCCAAACCAUUCUGCCACCAUAGUAUUGCCCUUCAUAGCCCCUCCCUCUUCACCUGCAUCUUUUCUCCAAUCAGAUCCUCCAUCUGCCACCCACUCACCUGCAGGUUUUCUUUCCCUAACGGCCCUCUCUGUUAAUGUAUACUCUCCUGGUGGGACAGCACCAAUUUUCACAGUUGGCCCCUAUGCUCAUGAGACUCAAUUAGUUUCACCACCGGUUUUUUCUGCCGUCACCACUGAACCAUCAACUGCUUGUUUUACUCCCCCUCCUGAGUCAGUGCAAAUGACAACACCUUCUUCACCAGAAGUGCCAUUUGCUCAGCUUUUGACAUCAUCACUAGCACGUAAUAGAAAAAACAGUGGAAUCAAUAUGAAAUUCUCAUUAUCCCAAUAUGAGUUCCAGCCUUAUCAAUACCCGGGAAGUCCUGGAGGUCGUCUAAAAUCACCAGGUUCAGCAAUUUCUACUUCAGGAACCUCUUCACCCUUUCCUGAUAAGCUACCUAUUGUUGAAUUCCGCAAGGGGGAAGCUCCUAAAUUUCUUGGAUAUGAACACUUUGCCAAUCGUAAGUGGGGUUCAAGAAUCGGCUCUGGAUCAUUGACUCCAACCGGUUGGGGAUCAAGGCUAGGCUCUGGAACAUUGACACCAAAUGGUGGGCUUUCUAGGUUAGGUUCUGGAACUGUAACACCUAAUGGUGGAGAACCCCCAUUUCAAGACAGAUAUCUUCUAGAGAGCCAAAUUUCAGAAGUGGCAUCCCUUGCCAACUCAGAUAACGAAUCAAAAGAUGGGGAAGUUGUAGCUGAUUAUAGAGUCUCAUUUGAGCUUAUUGGUGGAGAUAUUCCGACCUGUGUGGUAAAGGAGUCAGUUCCAUCACACAAAAUUGCCUUGCAAACUGUACCAGCGACAGCAAUGAAUGCUACAAAUAAAAACGAUUUGAUGGCAAAGAACACAGAUCGUUGUGGAGAAUAUUCUGAUGGGGAAACUGUCGGUGAAGUUCCCAACAUGGUUCGGAGGCAUCGUACCAUUUCACUAGGUUCUAGCAAGGAUUUCAAUUUCAACAAUGCAAAGGAAGAAGUCUUAGACAAGUCCACUAUUGACUGUGAGUGGUGGACUAAUGACGAAGUUGCAAAGAAGGAAUUAGGUCCUCAGAAAGACUGGACUUUCUUCCCAGUACAGCCCGGGGUCAGCUAAUGUUAGACUUGUGCAUAUUUCCGCUAAAAUUAAGUUUUAUCUACUUAGGACUCGUGCAGGUUUCAACCCAAGAAUGCAGUUAUGGAGGUAGAGAUUGUGCAAGCCCGUGAAAGCUAUGUACAAAUGCGUUACGCAGCUUAGUUGUUGGAGUAAGUCCGCUUCAAGAGUAUUGUUAUAAAAUUCUCUUUGUGCUAUUCUUUAUUUUAGAUAUAUACAUUAAUAAAACAAGCGUUUUUACUUUUUUCUGAAUCAGCUCUGAACAGAAACAAACAUUCAUGUAAGUGAAUUCGUUUAUGAAAUCUCGUGCCUCCUAAAUUGCCUUGUAGUAUGUAUAGAAACAUGGGAGUAGAUUACUCUUACUUCUGUCAUUAAAAUUGUAUUCUGUUUCAAGGAUCUGCUGAUAUCUCUGUAUCUAUUUUUAUUUACCUUGUAUUUUCUUGAACUCAUACAUGAAACUAUAUACUUAUUAGCUUUGUGAUA